AAAUGAGCAGAGAGAGGGCGGAGAGAGUGCUCGGGAAAUGUAAAGCACCUGUGCUGUGCAGCCGGACGAUGGGGACGGUUUACAGUCAGUCAUUCAGACCUAAACCACAGCUGAACCUGCUCCUGCUGCAUCUGAGGACUGAAGACCAAAAUAAAACCAGGCAGCAUGGAUGUGAGCGCCACAUCUAAUUCUCAGAUCCCCACUAUGCAUGCUGACGCUCUGUGUGGCAGCUGCCCGCCCUCUGGUUCCGCUCCACAGACCGCCAGCCUCUGGCCCACCCUGCCACCGUCCGGGUCCGGGUUCCCUGCCUGGCCAGGACAGUCCCCUCAGCCUGCUGUACCCUGCUGGACGGGCCAACCCAACACCUCCUGCUGGCCUGCCACGCCACCAGCUCAGGUUACUGCUCCUGCUCCGGUUACAGCCCCAGCUCAGGUUAUAGUUCCUCCUCCAGCACCAACCGCGACCCUGGUCCCAGCUCCAGCUCCUGCACUGCAGCCGUCCUGUCAGCCAUGCUGGCCGGGCCCUCAGUACCAGCCUGUCCAGCCACCACCAGCUCCAAUCCAAGUCCCAGCUCCAGUUCCUGCGGUUGCACCUGCGGCCAGUAUCCAUCCAAGUGUCCCCGGUUGGCCCGCUCACCCCGGCUGGGCUUAUAACCCGGGUCAGUCAGGAUGGCCUGGACAGAACCCGUCCAUCAUACCUCCUCAUUGGCUCCCGCCCACAUCUGGACCUCUGAGCGUGCCGUACAACCUAAACUUGGCUCGAGGGGUGUACGACAAGAUGAUGAUGACCAUCCUGGGCUACGUUAAACCCAACGCAAAAAUGUUCACAAUAAACUUUCUGAGAGGCAACGAUAUUGCCUUUCACAUCAACCCACGCUUCAGCGAAGGGGGCAAGCAAGUGGUGGUCCGUAACCACAAAGUGGGAGAGCGCUGGGGUCCAGAAGAGAGGGACCUGAAGCAACCCUUCCCUUUUGCUUCUGGGAGCCCCUUUGAGAUGAAGAUCCUCUGCACCCCCGAGGCCUUCAGGGUGGCGGUCAACAACAUCCCGCUGUUUGAGUUCCGGCACCGGAUCAGAGAGCUCAACCAAAUCGACCGAAUCAACAUUUUAAACGACGUCAUCCUCACGUACAUCAACGUGGAGACGCUUCCCUGAGGACUGAACCGUUUCUGAAUCUAAUUCUGCUGCAGCGUGCUGGAAAGUCAGCAGAAAUGCAUGAAAAUUCACCUAUAGGCUCACAUUUUAAAUACAACAUCGUGCAGGAACUAAAAUCCUCCAGUCUAUAUUUAAUGAAGCUUUAGUGCUGUAUAAGUAAAUGUGAAAGCUGUUUAAUCAAAGACUGCAGCUGAAGUUAAAAUAAGCACAAACUAAAGUUUAAUGCACACACGUAUUUAUUUGUCUGGUUAAAGUCGAGUGUUUUUGUUGUGAUAUUCUCUAUAUUAUCAGACUGCUACUAACAGUUGUGUUACUGAUAAAUAAACAUGUUAAUAAUAAAUAAUUUAACAUCUCUGAACUGUUCAAUAAAAUCACAAAUGAAAAUUUGA